AUGCUGGAAACGCAAGACGAGUGUGAUCGAGAAUGCUUGCUUCUCAGGGUUGAGACGCUUGAACGAGAGUAUGCGAAGAUAGAGCAAGCUCUGUUUCCCGGUGGCGACUCUUAUUCUUCGUAUGCAGCUCAGCCGUACUUAACAACAUCUGCCGUCUCCACCGCAACUCCAAGCUCGUCGAGCAAAUACUACACCACCUUUGGCACAUCCGGUCUGCCUUACAGCUCAGCCUACAGCUUCGUUGUCUCCUCAUCAUCCGCUCUAACAUCUAUCAUCUCCACCGCAACGCCGAGCUCAUCGAGCGAAUACUAUGCUAGCUUUAGCACAUCCGGUGUGCCUCAAAGUUCAGCCUCCACCUGGGUUGUGCCCUCCUCGUCCAUAGUCACCAGCUAUGUGACUACGCAACCUUCAGUCUCAGCUACGCCUUCAUACGCAACGACUCCACCCCAAAGUUCAGCCUCUACCUUUGUUGUUCCCUCCUCAUCCAUGGUUACAAGCUACGUGAUCACGCAGCCCUCGUUAUCAGCCACGCCUUCCUACGCCAUACCCCCACCCGAGCCCACAUCAAGCGACACACCACCCGAACCCACCAACCCCAACAUCCCCACCCACCCCGGCUACCGCUCAGUAGCCUACUACGGAAACUGGGACAUCUACGCACGCAACUUCCAACCCCAGCAAAUACCCGCAGAGCGACUCACCCACCUCCUCUACUCCUUCGCCGACAACAAGCCCGACGGUACCGUCUUCCUCACCGACACAUACGCCGACGCAGAAAAGCACUACCCGACUGAUUCCUGGAACGACGUGGGCAGCAAUCUUUACGGAUCGUUGAAGCAACUUCAAAUCCUCAAGGCCAAGAACAGGAACUUGAAGGUGUUGCUCAGUGUAGGUGGUUGGACGUAUACAAACGUUGCCAAGCACAUGGAUGGACCCAUGGCUACGGCUGCGGGUAGGCAACGCUUUGCGUCGUCUUGUGUGGAGUUGAUUCGCGACUAUGGCUUUGAUGGGAUUGAUGUGGAUUGGGAGUAUCCUACCGAUAAGGAGCAAGGCGGGCAGUUGCUUGCACUGUUGAAGGAGGUCAGAAGUCAGAUGGAUGAGUAUGCUGAUACGCUUGUGUACGAAGAUGAGUCUGGACGCGAGCUGAAGCCCAAGUUCCUCUUGACUAUUGCUUCACCGGCAGGAGAGAAGAACUACAAGCAUCUGCCCUUGAAAGAGAUCAGUGCAGUCACAGACUUUAUCAAUCUGAUGGCAUACGACUACGCCGGCUCCUGGGAUAACCAAACUGGCCAUCAAUCGAACCUUUACCCUUCGACCUCGACUCCCCUGAGCACGCCCUUCAAUACAGCUUCCGUUCUGGCCGCCUACAGCGCCGCGGGCGUUCCUUCCUCCAAGCUCAAUCUUGGCAUGCCGCUCUACGGUCGCUCCUUCACCAACACUCAGGGUCUAGGAACGUCGUUUAGUGGCAUCGGCACCGGAUCGUUUGAGCGAGGCGUCUACGACUUCAAGGACUUGCCCCUUGCAGGUGCACAGGAGUACUACGAUGAAGAGGCUGGCGCAACGUACAGCUACGACGAAGCGAGUGGCGAGUUCGUCAGCUAUGAUACUGUGGCCAUGGCGCUCAAGAAGGUCGACUACAUUGCAGAACAAGGGUUGGGUGGCGCAAUGUGGUGGGAGAUCAGCGGUGACAGGACAGAUGACAGCGGGAGCAUCGUGACAAACGUUGUCGAGAAGAUGGGCGGCGGGAGUGGUGCAGGCAUCGAGUCAUCGCCCAAUUGGCUACUGUAUCCCGACUCCAAGUUCGACAACUUGAGGAAUGGCGUGUCAACGACACCAUAG